UAUCACCAAUGGAGCACGGUGUACAUAUUACAAUGCGGCGCCAAAAGUUAAGACUAAUUGUGAAUUGUUUUGACUCUAAAGAAGAAGAAGAAGAUAAACUAAAGUCUAAUUUAUUGGUUUAAUUACAAAGGCGACUUCAUACUACGUAUUCAUUCUAUAUAUAUUCAUUAUUUGGCACAAUGGUCUCACAGUUAGACGAUGUUCGACUUAUUAAGCUAGUACAACUGCAUCCUAUUUUGUAUGACAAAAAUCUUGCAAGGGGAUACAAAAAUUCAUCACUGAAAGAUGAUAUUUGGCACAAACUGUCGGUUGAGUUGAACUGUUCAGAACGCGCGUGUAUUACUCGUUGGAAAAGUAUUCGGGACCGCUUUGGCAAGGAGUUACGGAGAGCGCAAGAAAAUCCUGAGGAGGCGGUGAACUGGGACAUUUUCGAGCAUCUGCUCUUUUUGAGAGAUCAUUAUAAACAAGGACAGGCGAAUGGAGAAGCGUUCCUUAACAUAAAAUAUGAACCCAAAAAACGAAAACGGGGAAGGAAGCGUCGGAUAGAGUGUGAGGAAGAGGAGCCCAAGGAAGAACGUGAUGACGACGAUGUUGAUCCCGACGAAUUAAUGGAGAAUCAGCAAUUAAUUCAGUUAGUUAAAGAACAUCCAGUGCUGUAUGACAGGAUAAAAAUAAGGGAUUCGAAAAAUUUGACGGUGAAAAAUGAUGCAUGGUAUGAGAUUUCUGAAAGUAUGGGAAUAUCAGAGGAAGUCUGUUAUAAACGUUGGAAAAAGCUACGGGAACGUUUUGCUCGUGAAUAUCGCCACCAGAAAUUGUAUCCAGAGCGACCUGUAACUUGGGUGUACUUCCAAGAUUUAUCAUUUUUAGAAGAACAUUACAGAAAAGGUAUCCCACUUCCAGUAGAAGCUAUCAGGCAAAAAAAGAAUGCUAAAAACGCAAUCACAACCGCAGUAAAUACUUGGGGGGAAGAUUGCCCAUUUCUAUAUGUUAAAGAUGAGCGGCAGUCACAGGGAGAAGAUUUAGAUGUUAUUGACACUGAAUUGGACGAAUUAAACACGGAUUCAUUGGAUGAGCUCAUAAUUAUGCCAAAUAACAACAGUUCAAAUGACGAUGGAGAUGUUGAAAAUUCGAUAACAGACUUAUUAACAGAACCGCCAUGUACAUCAGAAGCGUGUCGUAUGCAAAAUAUUCAAGAAACUAGUGCUGAAGAGCCGGAGCAUAAGCUUUCAGUUGUAAUAUCGGGAAUCCAGCAGGUUUUACAACAAUCACAGGAUUGUCUUAAAUCCUUACAGAAACAAAAAGAAGGCCACAAACAUGAAUUGCAAUCUAAAGGAUGGUCCUCAUUUAAUACUGAAGUAAGUUUGCUUCAGAAAGUGCAUAUACUACUCGAUGGGCUGAACGCCGAAAAUCGGACAAUAGCUGAGCGUAGAAUAAUACAAUUCCUAUGCGAAUGCCAAAUAAGAACACUAAACAAUGAGAGCGUAGAAGACGUAUGCUAUACACAAGAUUUUUAAACGCGUUAAGUUAGAAAUCUGUACCCAGCGUUCUAGGUAGUAUAGUAUUCAGGGCUGAAUGCCACAAUGCCGUGAAAGUUUGCUAUGGUAUAGUAGCUUGGAACUUGGAACUUCAUACAGUUACUAAAUAAGCUCUAUUACAGUUCUAUAUGAUGUCAUGCGUUU